AUGUCUGAACGCACACCACUUCUCAGGUCGGAUCACGAGAACCAAACCUAUGGAUGUUCGUCUCGUGAUACAGCUGAGACUUCUGACCAGGAUGGAGAAGUUGCCAUCAUUUGCAAAGAGCUCUCCUUCGCAAGACUCGCUAUGAUCAUGAGCACAGCCUGGCUUGGCGUUUUUCUCGGAGCAGCCGAUACGACCGUUAUCGCUACCCUGUCUGCUCAGAUCUCCAGCGAGUUCAACUCUCUGAGUCUUCUGUCCUGGCUUGCCACUGCAUAUCUGAUAGCCAAUGCUGCCAGUCAGCCAAUCUCCGGCCGUCUCACUGACAUUUUUGGUCGUGGACCUGGUUUGGCAUUUAGUAAUGUUGCCUUUGCAGUGGGAAAUCUCAUAUGCGGCCUUGCUACUAGCCAGAAGAUAAUGAUACUUGGAAGAGUCAUUUCUGGCAUCGGCGGUGGGGGUCUUAUGAGUAUACCAACCUUCUUAGGCUCAGACCUUGUCCCUCUUCGGAAGCGGGCAUUGGUGGGAGGUAUUGCCAAUAUCUGGUAUGCUUCCGGUGCUAUGGUCGGUGCUGUAUUUGGUGGCUUCUUAAAUGACUAUACCAGCUGGGGAUGGAGAAUGGCUUUCCUCAUUCAAGUACUUCCUUCUCUCAUAUCAGCUGUCAUCGUAUACAGCUUGAUCAAAGUUCCACCCAAACAGUCUGACAAGUCAUACGUCAAGCGUAUUGACUUUGGAGGCGUUUUUUUGGUUUCCUCUUUCCUGGCAUCCCUCGUUUUAGGUUUGAGCUCUGGAGGAAACAUAGUCCCUUGGCUACAUCCCUUGCCUAUAGCAGCCAUCUCACUCUCGAUCUUAUUAUUCUCAACCUUCGUCAUCUGGGAGCUUAGAGCUUCCCAGCCGAUUAUCCCUGUCCGGCUUCUUCUCAACCCGACAGUGCUUGCUUCUUGCUUAGCUAGCGUCUUUUGCUCAGCCAUUGCUCUGACCAGCAUCUUUUAUGUGCCUCUCUAUCUUCAAGCCCGUGGAGAUUCCGCCACUACAUCGGGUUUGAAGAUAUUACCGGCGUCAGUUGGCACAUGUCUCGGAGGACUCGUGCCCGGCUACCUCAUGAAGAAGACGGGCAAGUAUGUCGGACUGGUGAAUGAUACUACUCCAGCUUGGAUGACUUGCCUAGCCUUCUUUGUUGUUGGUCUCGGUUACAAUGCUGUCUUUAGCAUCACACAGGUCGCUUGCGUAGCGGCAGUAGGUCACGCACAACAGGCCGUUGUCACAUCCACCACAUACCUUGCACGAAGCCUGGGUGGUACCAUUGGAGUAACACUUGCCUCUGUCUUAUACCAAUCAAGCCUAGAUAUGAGCUUGUGGGCACGGUUCGGCCAUCAGCCUAAUGCGGCGGAUGAGAUUCGACGUAUAAAGGAUGACCUGACCGAGAUUCACCAUUUGCCGGACGGCUGGUACAGAGGAGUAAUGGAGUCACUCAUGCAAGCUUUUGGACAUGUUUGGUUGAUGAUGCUGGCUUGGGCAGUACUAGCCUUGAUCUCUAUCUCGCCGAUCAAACAGCACAAGCUUUUUAGUACGUUGGACAGGAAAUGA